AUGCCGACUGGCCCUGGAUGGAAAGCACAUCGUCGGCUGUUGCAGGACCUGAUGACGCCGAGAUUCCUCAACAAUACUGCUGCACCCACCAAAUAUGACAGAGCCUUGGAAUUAGUUGAUCUCUGGGAUGCGAAGGCGCAGUUGGCUGCCGGUCGACCCUUUUUCGCGGCGGAAGACAUCCAUAAUACUGCUCUAGAUGCGGUCCUUUCUUUCUCUUUCGAGGCUCUAUACUGUCAGGACACUCCGCUUGACAGGCCAGCCGCAUUUCCACAAACCAGACUUCCUGACUCCAUCAAAGCCAUCCUUGAUAUUAUGGGCGCGUUCGAAUACACGAAAUCAUCCAUCUCUCCAUGCCUCAUGUGGUUUGUGGUCAGCAAAACACCUCAUGUCCGUCAGGCACUUCAAAUCAAGAACGCCUUCGUCCUGCGCGAGCUACAGAGAGCCACACACCGCUUGUUUCGGAAGGAUUCUGACGUUGACGAUACAUGCGUACAGUCCGCGGUGGACCUUGGGAGAGUAGAAAUCCCAAUUUCUUUGGAUCGACCAUUCGAGACGAGCCAAGUUGAGGUUGGCACUUCGAAACGCUUUCCCGGAGGCAGCUGCCUCCAACCGGCUGCCAUUAUGCUCGGAAAUCGCACGUACUUCAAUUCCCUAUUUGGAUGCAACACUCGAAGAGAUUCUGCGGUGUGCUCGACUGUCCCUGCCGUCGACCGUGUGGCGCUAAAGGACACCGUGCUCCUGGGUCACCCUAUUCCGAAGGGUACCUCGAUCUUCCUCAUGAACAAGGGCGCAAGCUUUUUCUCACCGCCCCAUGAGAUUGAAGACGAAAAGCACAGUCCUUCUGCCCGGACGGCUAAAAACAAGGGCCAUCAUGCGUGGGAUCCGCAGACCUUGGAUGUAUUCCUUCCAGAGCGAUGGCUUGUCGCUUCAGAUGAAGAAGCAGGUGCGCCCGCAAACGUACUGUUCGACCCUGCUGCUGGUCCGACCAUGCCAUUCGGAGGGGUUCCGCGAGGAUGCUUCGGCCGACGACUAGCUUACCUAGAAAUGAGGCUCAUUUUCACGCUAAUCGUGUGGAAAUUUGAGUUGAUGAAAUGUCCGAAGGAGCUGUCAGGGUAUGAUGCUUUCGAUGGUCUUGUGCACAAGCCCAAAGACUGCUACGUCCGGCUUAAGAAGACUGAAUCAUGA